UGGAGUCAAACAUGAAAUUCCCGUACUAAUAAUUUUCUCCAUUGAAAACAAACCCCUGUUGCAGAGAAAUGAUCCAUUUUCAUCUACAGGAAAAGCACUACUACAUUAUGCAUCGCCAUUAACAACUCUGCAUUUUUCCACAUCCACACACACACACACAAUAAUGAAUAAUCGUCUUCUCUUCUGUGGCAGCAGAUUCCUCUUCCUUUUUUCACUGUUGCUGUUCUCCUUUUCCUACGGAGAAGACGAUGUGAAGUGCUUGCGUGAAGUGAAGAACUCGUUGUCUGACCCGGACGGUAAGCUGAGUUCGUGGAUUUUUUCAAACAGUUCACUCGGAUUCAUCUGCAAAUUCGUCGGCGCUUCGUGCUGGAAUGAUCAGGAGAACAGGCUGAUCGGAUUGGAGCUCCGUGAUUUCAGACUCGCCGGGAAUAUUCCAGAUUCUCUCCAGUUCUGCCACAGCCUCCAAGUCCUGAAUCUCGCCGGUAAUUCUCUCUCCGGUUCGAUCCCUCCCGAAAUAUGCACAUGGCUGCCGUAUUUGGUCACUCUCGAUUUAUCUCAAAAUCGAUUGACCGGUUCAAUACCGGAGGAUCUCGCCAACUGCUCGUAUUUGAACAAUUUGAUUCUAGACGACAAUCAGCUAUCGGGGAAUCUCCCCUACCAAUUAUCGAGUUUAACGAGGCUGAAGAAAUUCUCCGCCGCGAACAACUAUCUAUCCGGUAGGGUUCCGUCGUUCAGCUACGAAUUGGAUCUCGAUUUCGGCGGGAACGGCGGCCUCUGCGGAGCGCCGUUGGGGAAAUGCGGUGGAUUGAGUAAAAAAAGUCUGGCAAUCAUUACCGCGGCGGGGGUUUUCGGCGCCGCCGCAUCUCUGCUGCUAGGGUUUGGCCUGUGGUGGUUCUACUUCGUGAGAUCGAGCAAGAGGAGCAAGAGAGGGUACGGUAUCGGAAGAAGAGAAGAUGUGAGCAGUACCAAUUGGGCCGAGAUUUUGAGAGCUCAUAAACUCACACAGGUUAUCCUGUUCCAGAAGCCUCUUGUGAAGGUUAAAUUGGCAGAUUUAAUGGCGGCCACAAAUAACUUCAGCAAGGAAAACAUCAUCUUCUCAAGCAGAACAGGAACUACUUAUAAAGCAGAUUUACCCGACGGAUCGGCUCUCGCGAUUAAGCGGCUAACCGCGUGUAAAAUUGCGGAGAAACAAUUCAGAGUGGAGAUGAAUACGUUGGGUCAAUUAAGGCAUCCGAAUUUAGUGCCGUUGUUAGGGUUUUGCUUGGUUGAGGAUCAGAAGCUCUUGGUUUAUAAACACUUGUGUAACGGCACUCUUGGUUCGCUUUUACGCGGCGAUAAGAAUUACAACGGUGGUCUGUUAUUGGAUUGGCCGACUAGGUUUAGGGUUGCUUUGGGUGCUGCAAGAGGGCUGGCUUGGCUCCACCAUGGCUGCCGCCCGCCGAUCUUGCACCGCAACAUUAGCUCAAAUGUGGUUCUUCUUGAUGAGGAUUUCGACGCUAGGAUAAUGGAUUUCGGUUUGGCAAGGCUUCUUAAUUCUUCGUCGGAAUCUAACGAGAGUGGUUUUGUCGACGGUGAUUUGGGUGAAAUUGGAUACAUUGCUCCGGAGUGUACGAGUACUAUGAUGUCAGCAUCUUUGAAAGGGGAUUGUUACAGUUUUGGGGUGGUGCUUUUGGAAUUGGGGACCGGAUUGAAACCUGUGAACCCCGAUAUCGAGGAGGAAGGGUAUAAGGGUAAUUUAGUUGAUUGGGUGAAUCGGCUCGUUGGUGGUGGUCGGAUUGAAGAUGCUGUUGAUAAACGGUUAUGUGGGAGUGGCUAUGAAGAGGAGAUUGUGAGGUUUUUGAGGAUUGCGUGUAAUUGCGUCGUGUCUCAGCCGAAGGAGAGGUGGUCGAUGUAUCGGGUUUAUGAAUCGUUGAAGAGUAUGGCUGAGGAACAAUACGGGUUUUCGGAGCGGUACGAUGAAUUUCCAUUCUUGUUUGGGAAACAAGAUCCAUUACAGAGUCCUAUUUGAUUGUGGUUUUGUAGCAUGUGGUGAUUAAUUUGAAUUUGCUUAUUGCCAAGAACAUGUUCCACCUUUUGGUAAGUAUAUAUAUGCAGAAGAACCUCGAUAAUAACUUUUUCUGAUCCCGACUCAGUAAAAAUCUACUAAAUUAUUAGUUCGAUAAUUUAAUACCUCACUAAAUUAUUAGAAUUUUGCUAUUCCCGACUUUAUUGAUUUAUUAUAAAAGUUUAACUGUAGUUGUAUUUUUGUCAUCUGCAUAAAUUGUAUUCAAGAUUGUUGUAACAAAAAGCUGCUUCGAAUUGUUCAUAGUA